UGAUGGAGCGGUGGUGGGCGUGGCAGCUUGCCCUGGUUGCCCUGGCGACCGUUUACCUCAGCCCCUCCCACGGUAAGAUGGCCGAGUUCACCUCGGACACGCUCAUCAACAACGUGGUGGCCGGGCCCGACCUCCGGAGGGGCCAGGGGGGCCGGCUGUACGUCGGCGCCGUCAACGCCCUCUACCAGCUGAACCAGAACCUGGAGGUGGAGUCGCGGACCGAGACGGGCCCCAAGCGGGACAACCGGCAGUGCACGCCGCCCGUCACCGACGCCUGCGAGGAGGCCGUGGACACCGACAACCACAACAAGCUGCUGCUGGUCCACGCCGCCAGGGACGUGCUGGUGGUCUGCGGCAGCGUCUUCAGGGGCAUCUGCUCGCUGAGGAACCUGAGCAACGUGGAGCAGCUGCUGUACUUCAGCGACACCAAGGGCGAGAAGUCGUACGUGGCGAGCGCCGAGGAGAGCGUGUCGGUGGUGGGCGUCAUGUCGUACUUCACCACCAGGGAGAAGGCCAACUUCACCGUGUUCCUGGUGGGUAAAGGCUACGGCAGCCACGACAGCACCAAGCUCAUCUCCACCCGCAUCCUGCAGGACUACGGCGACUGGGUGGUGUUCGACAGCAUCAUCGAGGCCUCGGCGGUGCAGGCCAACCCCUUCGUGCUGCGCUACCUCCACGACUUCCGCUUCGCCUUCAAGGACGGCGGCUUCGUGUACUUCCUGUUCUCGCGGACGCUCGGCGUGCAGGACACCAAGAACUUCACCUUCGUGUCGCGCAUGUGCGAGGACGACCAGGGCUACUACUCGUACACCGAGCUGCAGCUCAACUGCAGCGCCGCCAACAAGUACAACAAAGCCCAGGCUGCCUACGUGGCGACGCCGGGCGAAGUUCUGGCUCAGAGCAUGACCAGCUCGGGCCAGUACGGACGGGUUUCGGCCUCCGACAAGGUUCUGUUUGUCACCUUCACGUCUGAUGAGGAUCCGUCUACUUCAGCCAUGUGUAUGUUCCCGCUGCGCUCCAUCAACAGCCGCCUGGUGGAGAUCAUCGGCGCCUGCUACAGCCACCACGGCAUCAUCAGCGAAAAGGCCGCCGUCUACUCGCCGUACUCGUCCAAAGAGGAGCUGUGCAGCGAAAAACCGAGGGACAUGGCCCACCGGUACCGCUGUGGAGCCGAGUUCCUGCCUUCACCGCUGGCCAGCAAGGCCGAGUUCGCCCUGACCGUGGAGCCCUCGCUGGUCCGCAAGGCUCACAUGACCGCCGUGGCCGUGGCCGAGGUGGAGGGGCACGCCGUGGCCUUCCUGGGCACCGCCACCGGAGAGGUAACGCAGCUUCCCGUCGCAGGAAAAUCUGUUUUUAUGCUCAG